AUGUCUGACAUCGAGAAUUUACCCAAAGUUAUUAUGCUCGCAAGGGAAAAUGCAAUUUUGGGAAAUUAUGUAGAGAGUAUUAAGCAUUAUGAGGAUGGAGUCAGCACUAUAAAUUCUUUUAUGAAUACUUAUGCACCUAGAGCUACGAAGGAGCAGUGGAAAGUUGUGGAAAGUUCCAUACAGAAUGAGCUAGUGCACGUGAAAGAAAUUGUUUCUAUAAAUGAUGAGUUUAUUACUAGCUUUGGUGCUGGUCCAAAAUCUAGUCAUGGUGGAGGAGGAAAAUCUGUGAAUAAUAAUUUUCCAAAUGUUGAAAUUGUCACUCCAGAGAAUAAAUAUAUGAUGAAACCUCCUGCUCCUGCCCCACCUCCAAUGAGUCAUAAGCCGCCUACUUACAACCAAUUUAGAGGAGGUGAUCCCUAUUCAAAUCCUAAAGGUAGCCCUGGCCAGUACUUUGGUAAAGAUAUUAAUGGGAGCAAUGAAAAUGGGAAUAACUUUUAUGUACAAAAUAGAAAUCCAGCUCAUUUUCAGGAAGAAAAAGACCCCGAUGUUUGGGAUCCUCCUUCACCUUCAAGACAAAAUGCAAUGAACAGGAGGCAGGGUUCAAAAUGGAACAGUAAGAAUCGAAAACCAGCUGUGAAGAGAGUUGCUAGUCAAAAGAGGCCUCCACCUAUGCCUUCAGGUGCAAGGCCUCCGAAAGAAGAGAGUAAGAGGAAGAAGAAUACAACUAAGCCAUGGGAUGCAGAAGGACCUAAGAAGAGAGGCGGAGGAAAACAAAAGAAAGCAGAAUCAUUCCUAUAUCAUUGCUACCCUGAUGGAGUUGGUCCUGACACUGAUCUUAUCAGUAUGCUUGAGAAAGAUGUCCUCGAUAAAAAUCCUCAGGUUAGUUUUGAUGAUAUAGCUGAUUUGGAUGACGCUAAAAAUACUUUACAAGAAGCUGUUCUCCUCCCUAUUUUGAUGCCACAUUAUUUCAAAGGUAUCAGAAGACCAUGGAGAGGAGUGCUCUUGUUCGGUCCACCAGGUACGGGUAAGACAAUGCUGGCUAAAGCUGUGGCUACUCAAGGGAAAACAACUUUCUUCAACGUGUCAGCCUCAAGUCUUGCUUCUAAAUGGAGAGGGGAGUCUGAGAAAUUAGUCAGGAUUUUAUUCGAAAUGGCUAGAUUCUAUGCCCCAAGUGUAAUAUUUAUUGAUGAAAUGGACUCUAUCGCAUCAAAAAGAUCUUCAAAUGAGCAUGAAGCAAACAGAAAAGUAAAAUCUGAGCUUCUAAUCCAGAUGGAUGGCGCUAAUGUUGCAAGUAGUGCUGGAGGAGACGAGAAGCUUGAUGAAAGCGAGAGAGGUAAAUCAGUCCUUGUCCUCGCAGCUACCAAUCGGCCUUGGGAUCUAGAUGAAGCUAUUAGAAGAAGAUUAGAGAAAAGAAUUUACAUUCCACUUCCUACAGAGGAAGGAUUGAGACAGUUGUUCAAGAUUAAUUUGAAAGGAAUCAGAGGGGGUGAGGAUAUUUCAAUCUCAGAGUUGUUAAAAUAAGUGUAAAGGAUUUUCAGGAGCAGACAUAGCUAUUCUAUGCCGUGAGGCAGCAAUGAUGCCAAUGAGGAGGAAGCUAGCCUCUGGAAAAGUUAACUUUUAUGAAUUAGCAAAGAUGGAGAAGGAGUUAGACGUACCUAUAGAACUUCAGGACUUUAAGGAAGCACUCAAGAAUAUUUCAAAAUCAGUGAGCAAGGAUAAUCUACUAGACUAUGCAAAGUGGAUGGACGAAUUUGGAUGAAAAUAA